AUGUUAAUCCGGCUAAGUAAACCGGUCAAGAUGAACAGCCAGGUCAGAACCGUCAGUCUGCCCACUCUCUGUGCAGUGACGGGCACUCGCUGUCUGGUAUCUGGAUGGGGAAAUACGCUGAGUAGGGGAGAUAAUUAUCCUGAUCUUCUGCAGUGCCUUCAGGCUCCGAUUCUUAACAACCAAGUGUACCAAGAUGCCUAUCCUGGUAAAAUUACUGAGAACAUGAUCUGUAUGGGGUAUAUGGAUGGUGGAAAGGACUCUUGUCAGGGUGACUCUGGCGGUCCUGUGGUUUGCAAUGGAGAGCUGCAGGGAGUUGUAUCCUGGGGUAACGGCUGUGCCUUGCCUGGAUACCCGGGUGUAUACACCAAGGUGUGUAACUACUUGUCCUGGAUUGAGAAGACUAUCUCCAGCUAA